AUGGAUAAAACCCUUAUACGGGAGGUGGCUGAGCUUACAAACGACUUGAAUAACUUAAUACCACUUGGUGUCAUCUUUGUGACACAAUGGCCAAGCUUGCCUGCGCCAGGACUACCAGCAUCUAAUGAUACCAGAUGGAAAUGGCUGGAUUUUCCCUAUGAAGAAAUGGAUGGUGUGUCAGCAAUUAUAAAAGGAUUAAAACUUUUGACUAGAAGACUAUACUGUCGCUUAACUUAUCGUAUAGUUGACCAAUCGAAUAGGAUUGCCAUUAUUCGAAUAUAUCUGAUCCCAGCAAACUCGCUACACGAUGAUAUGCUCAAUAAAUAUAGAGACACUUACUUUAAGUUCAAAAGAUCGACGAUGUGGUUGUCGAAGCGUUGUCGAGUAGUCAUGGAAAAUUUAUUGAAAUUCACAGAUUUUUCCUCCGAAGCAUUCACUAUGCAUUCAUCUCAAGAUUUGUCAAAGUAUGUCAGUCGAAAUAAGGUUGUAAUUUUACAAUGGUUUUCUUCUGAUGAGUUGCAAUUGAAUAUAAGUUCCGAUGAGGUUAAUUUUCAUAUUGAAAGGCUGAGAAAUAGUAGCUCAGUUCAUAUUUACGUCCCCCGAAUGGAGCCCCAGUCUACAUUACAAACACGAUUGAAUAAACUGUAUGCAAACUUACGUUCUCCUAUAGUUGACCAGACAUUGAUCAAAUCAGAUGAAGAAUUUGCAAGGAUAAAAGACAUAAUCCAAAAUGAUGAAAUCGGUGGUUUCAGAAGUCAACUAUAUAACUUUCAAAAGCGAUCUAUACUUAAGAUGGUUGAAAAAGAGUCCGUGCAGAGGGAGGAACUAAUGCCAAGCAUUACGCAGUUUUCUCGUGGAUUUUUUGAUGUCAAAAAUCUACAGGCCAUUGUAAGGCCGCCAACAUACCGUCCUCCUAGAGGCGGGAUCUUAGCUGAAAAUAUGGGUUUGGGGAAAACUUGUAUUUGCCUUGCAUUAAUAUGUAUCUCCAAACUUCAAGCUUCAAGGAAUCCAACACCACACAUCCAUACCCGUUCCGUGUCAAAAGUCCAUAGCUUAUUUGAUACUUGUGUUGAGUUCAUUACUCAAAAUUCAAUUCCCUGGAGGACUUAUUAUGACGAUUUUGCUCCGCAUAUCAUUAAACGUUUAGAAACAACAGUUGGAUAUUUUGAGAAAAAAGAAACUAAGUGUAGAAACAAGAAAACUAGGUCGAACUCUUCAUCAGGCGAUAUUGUACAAUCAAAAAAAUAUUAUUUGUCAUACACCACAUUAGUUGUUUUGCCUGACAACCUAUUUCAUCAAUGGAGAAUUGAGAUUUUUAAGCACGUGGAAAAAAACUACUUGAAUGUAUUUGAGAUACAAACCCUUAAAGAUGCUGAUAUCUUGAAGUCAAUUGAUAUCGAAAAGCUUGUGAACUAUGAUGUUUUACUGAUUGCCAAUAGUGUGUUUUCAAAACAGUUUGAAAUUGCUGAUAGUUUGCUAAAGCAAGUUUAUUGGAAAAGGUUGAUCAUAGACGAAGGGCAUUCUGUUAGUUCGAAAACCUCAAGAUGUGUUUUGCUGACUAAAGAUCUGAUGUACGAACGGAUGUGGGUGAUCAGUGGCACGCCUACAUCGGGAUUAACUAACUUGCACAUGGAAAACCAAACAGAAAACAUAAGUGGGAAAGAAUAUACCAUUCAAAAGUCUUUUGACCCAAGGCAGGAUUUAGUGAAACUGGGACUCAUGGUUGCGAAUUUUUUCAAAAUUGAACCCUGGGCAUCGAAUAAAAAGUUGUGGAAUGAUUCGAUAGUGAAGCCGUUUAAGAAUUUUGGCUUCAAUAUUGAAUUCCAACUAUCGUCGUUACUGGAGCAGCUUAUAAUCAGACACGACAUCAAGGAUGUAGAAAGUGAUAUUCAGUUGCCCAAAUUGCACCACCGGCCAGUUUUCCUGAAACCUUCUUUCUUCGACAAAUUAUCAAUAAAUCUGUUCAUAUCAGUUUUAGCUACCAAUGCGAUCACAUCGCAACGUAGAGGAAUUGACUAUGUCUUUGACCCCACAAAUAAGUCGGACUUGAAAAGGUUAGUCACUAACCUACAAAAAGGGACAUUCUAUUGGACUGGGUUUAGUAUUAAUGACGUUGAAAAUUUGUUAAAUAUUUGCGUUUAUUCAUUACGAGAAAAUAAAGAUAUAUACUCAAUUGAGGAUAGGAAGAGUUUAAAGAAAGCCAUCUACAUUUCUAAACUUGCGUUGUCUAAUUUGAGAUGGAGAUCUAUAAGUACCAUUCAUGAGAUGGGAUACUUUGUGAAGGGGUUACCAAAAACUAUAAAUGAUAACUAUUCCCUCCUUGAUUAUGGCAACAAUAUUUUUAUGUUUGGGUAUCCGCAUCUGAUUGCUAUCCAAAAGUUUUACUAUAAAAAUCGAAUACUAAACUCAAAUGAGGAACUAAGAGCUAGAGUCAUGGAGACAUCGCCAGAAUUCUGGAAAGGGUAUUGGAGUAACAUAAAGGGCUCGAAGAAUAAAAAAGAAAACGGGAACGGAUCGCUAAGUAACAAAGAGGAGUAUAAAGAAUUCGAACUGACUGACGUUAAAAUGAUUAACCAAGUUCCAGCAUGGGAAAGCACCUUUGAUGCAAAAACUGAAGAAACAUUGCUGUACAAAAAAGAAUUGCAAAAUCCAAAAUGCAUUGUUACUUUGAAGUACAAAUGUCCAUGUAAUUCCUCAACAGAAUGUGAAGAAGCUGUAAGCACCAAAAUGUUAAGAUCAGAAAUAGUGGGUACCUUAUCCUCAAAGCUGAAUUAUUUAACUAUGCGAUUACUUGAGAAUGAGAGCCAAGGAUUGAAGAGCAUUGUUUUCUAUGAGUUUGAAAAUUCAGCAUAUUAUUUAACCGAGUUUUUAGAUUUACUAGGCAUAAAUUAUAUCAUGUAUGCACCUCAUAUCAAGCUAAGCGAAAGGUCAAAUAAUUUAGCACAGUUUGAUAGGUGGGAUCCCUUGAGGAAUGAGGGUGAAGGAAUUGCCUUAGUAAUGGAUUUGAAAUUAGCGUCUCAUGGGCUAACCAUAAUUGCUGCAACACAAGUAUUCUUUAUCAAUCCGGUUUGGAAUCAGUCGGUGGAAGCGCAAGCUAUCAAGCGGUCACAUAGAAUCGGACAAACAAAAGAAGUGUUUGUUGAAACGAUAAUUUUAGAAAAUACUUUGGAAGAACAAAUGUAUAAUAUGCGAGGUGAAGUUAAAGAUUCGGAUAAGAUUGAAGUGGUCGACCACCAAGGGAUUAAGGAAUAUAUUUUACAAUUCCCGUUUUUGAAAAUGUAUGCCGAUAACUCCUAUGAUGAAGAAUACUGCAAACUGAUUGUUCCCACGGCAAUUUCAGAUGUCCCUACAGACCACGUGGAAAACGUUGUAAAUAAAAUUAGGAUGAAUAGUGCGCAAAGUACCUUCGAUAACGUGAAGAAUCAAAGAACAUGGCGAUUACCGCUAUUUACAAUGAAGAACAUGGAAAAAUUGAGCAGUUUUAAUUCCAAGGUUAAGAAGAAAAGGUUUGAUAAUAUUGAUGAGCUUGAAUACGAGGAAAGUGAAAGAACUACACAACUAGAAGAAGAAGACAUAAAGCUUAUUAUGGAAAAAUUGAGGGUAAAAAGAAGGAAACAAAGUGUCAAGUUUAAUAUAUAA